AUGGGAAUUGCGGACAAUCCUAAGUACAGGCGCAUUAACGACGACAUCGCUGCUGGUCGUUUUUACGAUUCUCUGCAACAUGUGUUGAGCGCAUCGCAGAGGGCAGUAAUUGCCAAGCGCUACUCCGAAGCUUUCGAGCUACUCCAUCACUUCGCGGAGGUGUACAUACGAGCAGGUGAAUAUGCUCAAUCCCUCGAGCUGAUGAAGGAGUACAUGAACAUCGCAACGAAUUCUGGCAUAGAGUUCACGGAGGCUAACAUCGACCAAGUGAUAUCGUUUUUCUGCACUGUCAAGGAGUCCCUAAGUUCUGCGCAAGAGCCCUUGGCAGGGCCACUUGCAAAGGACGCCAUUUUGACAAAAUCAGUGGCGAUAGCAGACAGCGCGCUGGAGAUCAAUCCCCAUCCUAAGCUCAGUCUGUGCCUUGGGAAACACCACAUGGAUGAAGGGCAAUUGACUGAUGCGCAGACGUACCUGAUACAGGCACAGGAUAUGGAGGCGCUUUUCAAGUUGUUGGACUACUGGGGAUCCCUUGUUCAGGAACACGAAAGACCCUUUGUAUUUCUGCGUUGCAUUUUGAUUCAGUUAGCAACGGGCGAUUUUUCAUCUGCAAAAUGUCUGCUACUUAUGUUGAAUCAGGAUUUCGAGUCCAGCAAUACGGUCCCGAUACCGCUGCAAAUGGCGUAUAUCUUCACGGAGCUAUUUGAAAACCCCGACUACCUGUUGUACAAAGUAGCGUGCAAGGUAUACAAGCCGGUGAUAGACGCUGAUCCCAACUUCCCACGCCUGGUGCAUCACGUGCGUGAGAGGCUCUUCCCGGGGCACGAAGACCCAAGCGACCCUUACCAGGUCGACCCGACUUUGCCUCAGGGCACGGGUAACCCCUUCGCGUCGUUGCUGAGUUCGUUGGUGUCAUGA